CUGUGCUUCAAUUAGGGAUUGGAACAGUGAGACUCUGGCGGGCCUUUAUCCAAACAAUAGGUCCCCUUGAGCUGUUAUUUCUGACUCUGAAUGGAGAGACAUUAAGUGUUACACAUACCUAAUUUUGUCAUCCAAUUAAUUUUAAUGAAUGCAGCCCAUGUGUCCAUUCAGCUCCCUCGGUGAGUGUGUGUGUGUGUGUGUGUGUGUGGUAGGGCAGUGUUCUGCUUUGCUGCUUUGUUCCUGUGCAUUGAUGUGUCAUUUCCAGAGUGGCUUCUGAGUGCAGCCGAGACCUGGUUUCAGAUGGCAGCCGGAGCAUCCUCAGGCUCGUUAAUAAUGGAGGACUCUGACAGGGGCAGCUUCGCCUGCCUUUGUUUCCCGCUGUAGAUGAAGGAAGACAUGGAUCUCUCUGUUUUGCCCAAUAACAACCAUCCUGACAAAUUCCUGCAGCUUGAUGUGAAGUCGUUAACGAGGAGCUCAGCGCCUCUGCAGGCCAGCCUCGCGAGAUUUCCGGGUGGAAAUUACCCAGCUGCACAACACUGGCAAAACCUUGUCUACUCUCAGAGAGAAAAGAAGAAUAUUGUUGCUCAACAAAUUAAAAGAUCCAGUAGGGAGGACCUUGUCAUUGCUGACAGCCCGCCCCCAUCCAUGACAUCAAUUAUGAAGAACAACCCACUCUACAAUGACCUAAGUUUGGAGGAAGCCAUGGAAGAAAGGAAAAAGAAUCCUUCAUGGACCAUUGAGGAAUAUGACAAACAUUCUGUGCAUUCAAAUCUCUCUGGACAUUUGAAGGAAAAUCCUAAUGACCUACGGUUUUGGUUGGGAGACAUGUAUACACCAGGUUUUGAUACCUUACUGAAAAAAAAGAAGAAACACGACAAGAGAUCAAAACUGUGCCAUAUGGGGCUGAUAUUACUCCUGGUUACCUCCAUUCUGGUUACCAUAGUGACUAUUAGCUCUUUCUUUGCCUAAGGAGACUUUCACAAACAGAGCCACUUUAAAUGUCCUAAAAUGCUUCUAUCUAAAUGUUUGCAGACAAACAUGCUCACUCAGUGUGAAUGUGUUGCACAGUGUGCUGUUAAAUGUAACCAUCCUGGGGAUGGGCACGUUGCCUGUGAUAUGUGGGUGUUUCUACUGUGAUCUAUGUAAUCUCUGUAAAAAUUCCAGCCAGUGCUUUGCCCUCAAAGAAGUGGUAAUUCCAGGGACUGCAACCCCAGAAAAACCACAAUAUACAACCUAAAUUUAACAUUUUUGUAGAGCACAAAACAGCACAAUCAGCAGCAGCUUGGUCUUAAUGCUCAAGCCACAUUCACCUUGACUGUGAAAUGCUCCAACGUCCCUCUGCCCCAUCUCUGCAGUCACUAGAACAGUGUGAGCUGACUGUUUUCUGUUCAAUAUCCAGGCAGAAAGGGGGAAGCUUCUGGUUGUGGUGACAAUGAUGUGGAUUCAUUCUGUUUUAAUCUUCCUUAUUUCUGUUUGUAUCAGAAAAAAAAUGGGUGUUGGAGGGAGACUAUUCAAACUUUUCUUAUUUUCCAAGUAAUACUUUAAAAUGUCACCCGUUGUGUCAUAAUUUUACUAGAACUAAACCUAGACUGGCCUACUUAUCUAAUUACAUUUGUAUCCAAUUGCACUUACUGAUUCAUUCAAACUGGCUAGUGUGACCCCUGGUGGCAGUCAGUGAGUAUACAAUCCUGGCCAUGGCCCUAGAAAAGCAGAGGGAAUGAUGCUAAGAGAACAGGGUUUGACUCCUAACUAACCAUUUGCUAGCUGGUGAGCCCUGGGCAAGUUAUUCUGCCAGAAAAGAGGGCUGGCCUGAGAACUACGUAGAAACACAGGUAAGAACAAUACCUGGCCUCUCAGAAUUAGUUGCUUAGUUAGCGGCAACUGUUGUCACUAAUUUGCGUUGGCUAACGGGCAGCCCCAGUUCACCCUGCACAGGGAGAAUAAACUCACCACUCUCCCCUUCCCUAAGCCCUCACCUGACUCUUUCCUCUUCUUCAAAUACCCUAUCCUGAUGUUACCUUGUGUACGAAACAGGACUUCCUCCCCACUAGCCUAAGGUCAGCUUUGGUCCUCUGACACUGCCUAAUCAUUUUGUUGCAUUUCUCUUAAAGCUACUUGACACUAAGUACAUGAAAGUGCUGCUUUACUGGACAAUAAAAUCAUUGUGUACAAAGUU